AUGGCAGCGAAGGAAACCGCCAAAGCUCAACCCAACACCGAUCGUUUGCCUGUUGUUGGAGAUGAACUUCAAAUCGAAAACCGACGCUAUCGUCUUCAAGCAGUUCUCGGCGAUGGAGGCUAUGGAACGGUCUUUCUUGCUACCGAUGGAGAACGGAAACUGGCCGUCAAAUGCGAAAGAUAUAGCAAGUCGAUGCUCCACAUUGAGGUGAAUGUGCUCCGAGUGGCCAACGAACAGAAAUGCAAACACAUCUGCGACCUUGUGGAUUACGGAUCUGUUCGCCACGAAUACUCCUUUAUGGUUAUGUCGUUGCUCAGCAAGGAUUUACAUCGACUUCGCUCUGAACAACCCGAUCGUCGUUUCAGCUUCUCUACCGCCAUUCGUGCAUCUGCUCAAGCUCUAAAGGCAAUUGAAGAACUUCAUACGGCAGGCUUCCUGAGCCGCGAUAUUAAGCCUGGAAACUUUGCGCCUGGUGUUCGCGAUGAUAACCAUCAAAAUCGAGUCAUCUUUUUGUACGAUUUUGGACUGGCAAGAAAAUACGUUGAUAAGAAUGGAAACCUGUUGCCUAGUCGUAAAGAUGUUGGAUGGCGAGGCACCACUCGCUACGGAAGUCUUUCAGCUCAUCAGCGCCAAGAUCUAGCUCGUCGUGAUGACAUUGAAUCGUGGUUCUACAUGGUUGUCGAGAUGACGAAAGGAAGUCUUCCAUGGCGUACAGUCGUAGAUCGCACCGCGGUUCAGCUAGCAAAAACCCAUGCCCGCACUUCUGGACGAGUUCAGUUCCUCUACGAGUGCCCCAGGCAAUUCGAUUCGCUUCUCAACAUGGUCGAUGACCUUCAAUUUGAAAGCACUCCCAAAUAUGAAGCAAUGAUGGACUUGAUCAAUCAGACAUGCGAUGAACACGAAGUUAAGGCAAAGGAUCGUUGGGACUGGGAUGACGAAAACAAUUCGACGGCUUCACUUAGCCAGACUUUAUCUCUUUCGAGCAAGGAACAUGUUAAGAAAGAUGCCUCUCAAGACAAACAACUUGCA